GUCAAUUAAAUGACGUAGUGCCACAUCAGAGCAGAUGAAGAGAGCUUACAGGUCAAGGUGUUAAUGAGAACACCUUUGGCUUUUUGCUGUGGCUGGCAAAGGGCAGGUGGAGAGUUAAAAGGGGGGAAGGUGGCCAAGUAGAGAUGUUCUCUGCUCUUUGAAAUCCAGGCCCUUUUCAUCCGUGACCACCAGCUGCUCUGCCAUUUCCUACAACACAGUGGUCCCUCUCCCAUGGCCAGGGUACCAUGGGCAGUCUCCAUGCUGUUCCUGCUUGUGCUCCACUCUCCAGGGGCCUCCUUGGCCCCAACCCAGCACCUGUGUGGCUCUCAUCUGGUAGAUGCCCUCUACUUCAUUUGUGGGGAGCGAGGAUUUUACUACAGUCAGAACCGAGUCCACAAGCGGGAUCUGCAAAAUCUGCUUGGGUUUCUGUCAAAAAGGGCCAAAGAGAAGGAGCGGCUGUGGAGGGUCCUGUCUGGCCGUGACGAGCCCAAGGUGAAGAGAGGCAUCGUGGAGCAGUGCUGCCAUAAGCCGUGCAGCAUCCACCACCUGGAGGACUACUGCAACUGACCACUCUGCAACUAGCACUACUCAUAGCUUGUAAAGAGGUCCAGAAGUCAAUUUCUGGCCCUGACUCUCACUGGCUAUGUCUUAUCAACUGAAGGAAAUAAAG